GCUCCAUAGUCUCGCUAUGUGUCAGUUCCUAGUCUUAAGCGAAACAAAAGCAGGAGAAAGAAACAACAGAAGUAACCUGUGAAGAGGGGAACACAUUUUGCCACAGACAUAUUAAAGCUUACGGGGAAGAAAAGUUAGCGUAUAUCGGAGGUCUGAGUCGCCCGUGUUGUUGCAGGAUUAGAGAACAUAUUGAAAGUUGGACCUAUUUUCUGUGCAGAGCAGGAGUGGCUAAACACAGCAUUUCAUAUCAGAUUUCACUUAGACCAGCUGGGAAAGAGAGACGGUUCGCUUUUCCUCUGUGGUCACACAGCGAUCCGAAGGAAUUUUUGUAGGAUCUAGCUCCAGCCUGAAGGAUACGUGUGGCGCUCCCGUGGAGGAGGUGAGGCAGACAAGGAGGUGCAAAUGGAUGAUCAGCCCAGGUUGAUGCACUCUCACGCUGGGGUCGGCAUGGCUGGACACCCCGGCCUGUCCCAACAUAUGCAAGAUGGAGCAGGGGGGGCAGACGGGGAUGGAGCCAGAAAACAGGACAUUGGUGACAUUUUACAGCAAAUAAUGACCAUUACAGAUCAGAGUCUGGACGAAGCGCAGGCCAGGAAACACGCUUUAAAUUGUCAUAGAAUGAAGCCUGCACUCUUCAACGUCUUGUGUGAAAUUAAGGAAAAAACAGUGUUAAGUAUCCGAGGUGCGCAGGAAGAGGAACCACCAGAUGCACAGUUAAUGCGCCUGGACAAUAUGUUACUUGCAGAAGGCGUUUCUGGUCCAGAGAAAGGUGGCGGGUCAGCUGCAGCAGCCGCUGCUGCAGCAGCCUCUGGAGGCGCAGGAUCAGACAACUCUGCAGAACACUCGGACUACAGAGCCAAACUCUCCCAGAUCCGACAGAUCUACCACACAGAGCUAGAGAAAUAUGAGCAGAUGAUAUCCACCUGCGGGAGGACUGGCAGUCAGAGUUUCACAGGAAAUGCAGCCAACGGAAUGCAGGCAUGCAAUGAGUUUACGACUCAUGUGAUGAAUCUGCUUCGUGAACAGAGCAGAACUAGGCCCAUCUCUCCUAAAGAAAUAGAGCGAAUGGUCAGCAUUAUUCAUCGCAAAUUCAGUUCCAUUCAGAUGCAGCUAAAACAGAGCACAUGUGAGGCUGUCAUGAUCCUGCGUUCACGCUUCCUGGAUGCAAGGAGGAAACGAAGAAAUUUUAACAAGCAGGCAACAGAGAUCCUGAAUGAAUAUUUUUAUUCCCACCUCAGUAACCCAUACCCUAGCGAGGAAGCCAAAGAAGAACUAGCAAAGAAGUGUGCCAUCACAGUGUCACAGGUAUCAAACUGGUUUGGUAACAAGAGAAUCCGAUACAAGAAAAACAUUGGAAAGUUCCAGGAAGAAGCCAACAUAUAUGCUGCCAAAACCGCCGUCAAUGCUGCCAAUGCAUCUGCACAUGGAAGCCAAGCCAACUCUCCCUCCACUCCAAACUCCGCAGGUGCUCACUCUUUCCUUUCAGGUUCUUCUGGUUCUUUUAACAUGUCAAAUUCGGGAGACUUAUUCAUGAACGUGCAGUCACUCAAUGGGGACUCUUACCAAGGGGCCCAGGUUGGAGCCAACGUACAGUCGCAGGUGGAUACCCUUCGCCAUGUUAUCAGUCAGACAGGCGGAUACAGUGAUGGACUCACAGCAAGCCAGAUGUACAGUCCGCAGGGCAUCAAUGCUAAUGGAGGCUGGCAGGACGCAACUACCCCCUCAUCAGUGACAUCGCCAACAGAAGGUCCAGGGAGUGUUCAUUCCGAUACCUCCAACUGAUCCUUGUCAUGUGCUGGGUUUCUCCAGCACCUACCAAUCAGAGUGGAGUUCCACCAACCAAUAAGAAAUAGGAUUUCCUUCUGCUUUGGAGUGCUUUAAAAAUUAACACUAACAUGGACAGUUGUUUGUACCCUUUCUUUUUUGUUGGGUAGAAGCCCCCCCUGACACUAAGGAACAUUUGAAUCGUUUCAAGAAUUUACAUUAUAAAAUACAAAUAAUUGAUACAAUUUAAGAAACAAUUUGUACCAUUUUCAUAAUAUUCUGAGGGUCUAGUUUGCCUCCUCACUGUAAUAUCUCUUGCAAAAUUAUAGGCAACCCUGCUUUUUAGGUUAACUGCUUUCACUCUACCUCUCAGCAAAAGAAACAAAAAAAAUGUAAUUACAACACAGAAAAAUGUUCUUUUUUAAAAAAAAAAAAAACUUUGUUAUGAUAAGCAGAAAGCACUAGUUCAACGUCUUCUUUGUGAACGGUUACACAUAAAGGACACUUUUCCUGUGACUGUAUUUCUGGGAUUGCAAAUACAUUUGUAGUAUUGUAAUAUUUACCAAUCUCUCUCAAGAAGAAAGAAACUAAACACAUAACAUCUGGAGGUUUUCCACCAUAUUUAAGUGUUGCAUGGAUUCCUGUAAUGAAGACAUGAUAGAUUUAGAUUAAAUAAAGCCAAGGUCCACCGUAGAGGAAUAGAGGAAGCCUGCUUACAGACCCUUCUAAGGCUAGCAGUGAACAGUUACUUGAGUGUAGCAGUGCUUCUCCCCGUUGGCAGGUCUGGGCACAGGGUAUUCUGGGCAGAAGUACUGUACGAGCAGAGAAGGCUCUGUAAUGAAUCGUUUCUGCAAGAAUCUCCAGAAACAAAAGAAGAAAAAAGUCUUAAAGCUGUGGUUUCUUCCAUCAACGUUUUGUAAAGUAUAGCAUAGGGUGGAACAGAAUCAGCCUGGAAAUAUGGAAUAUCGUAUGAGACAACUGGCGCGAUUCAUGUCUGAAGAGUCUGCUGUGUUUCCUGUAGCCGGUCAGUAGUAUAGCUCGGUCCAGCAGUAGGCUUUUUACUUACAUGUUGGGACCCAUGCUGUGUUAAAUCUCCGAGGUUAAACUUUUAAUGGCUUGGAUGCAGAGCGAGUAUUCCAUGGCUGCAUCGAUAUCGUGAGAACAGAACACUUAGCACAUGCAAGUCAAGUGUUCAGUGUACGCCUUUUCCCAAAUUGUAGCUUAACAAAAAGCAAAGCGUGUUGAGUGCAGUAUCGAGAUUUAUUACAUGUGGUCUAAUCAGGUGCUGCUUUAAUUGGUGAAAGUGUAGAGCCAGCAAACAGUCUUUGAAAGGUAUUAUUUGCGACACAAUUUAGCCCAAAUUUUUACUAUGGUGCUGCAAUUUCAAGGCGUAUGUAUGUACUUCUGGCAUGAACCGUAACCACUGUUACUUUUUAUAUUUACGUAGAUAUUCAAAUUCUGCCUGAUGGGUCAAUGUGCUCUGUAAUUUACUACCAUAUUGCAAGUAAUACCAUGAAGCGCCAGACCAAGUCUGAUUAGUGUUGAUCAGUCACCACCGCAAUUGAAUAAACGUUUUUUGCUUUCGUGAUUGUUUCCUGGUUUUUCAGAGUCUUUCUAAAUGGAUACAAAUGUAAAGGUGUAAUCCGCUUAUAGUACUGUGUUAAAUUAAGAGAGAUAAGGGCACACAAAACAGCAUACAUUUGAAACGGCUUUACUAGAAUUAAGAAAGAAAGAAGUGUUUUUACAGGAAUCUACUUUUGUUUUGUUUUGUUUUUUUUAUUUUUGAAAAGAUCCAUCAUUUUUCUAGUACUUAUGAAAACCUCAAACCAGCUUGUAAUAAUAAACCUCCUCUCCUGUUUUCACUCUUUUCAUAAGACCAAUCAAAAACAUUUUUUCAUUUUAAAAAUGUUUUCUUUCCAGUUUCUACAGGUUGCCUUUUCUUGUAAUUUAACAUGUCUGCCCAGAUCAUCACUUUGAUACCAAAAACUACAGAAGUGAAAAUUCUAUAUAGUGUCAGCUUUAUGAAUAAUUUUUCAUAGUUUCUUGCAAAAUGUGUCUUGUUCUUUGUAGUAUUGAUGAACAUUUGAUAUGAAUGUUCUUGUAUACUCAAAACCAAAAAUGCAGUCAAGAGUUCAGAAGCGGUUUGUGAAAUACCCUCACAGCGCACAGACACGGUUUCUUUUUACACGUCAUUUUGUUAUAGAGAAAUGACAACAGUUUUCUUUCUGAGUCGUGGCACAGAACUACCUACAUUUUUAUUUUUUUUUUUUUAAUUUUAUUUUACGCAUCUGUGAAUUAACUCCAAGAUGUGAAUGUGCACCUUUGUUAUUGUUUCACUUCUUUGAAAAGGAACAGUGUCCAUUUUUGUAAUCCAUUGUCAGCCAUCAGAAACAGAUAAUAAUAGUAAUAAUAAUAAUAUUUCAGACAUUUUGUUUAGGGCUGCAAUUAAGAUUAGUAAUUACGAUUGUUUUUACUUUUAAAAAUGGAUACUGCCAUUUGCAGGUGAUGUGAAAAGUUUCAAAGUAAAGCAGGUUAAUGCAAGACUUGAGCAUUAAUGACCACUCUGUAUUCCAGUACCGUUUAAUACUUUGGAGAAUUAUUCUUCAGAGCCACACUGCUUGGUGGUCUUUACAUACCCUUGUUGUUGGGGUAGCUAAGCGAGAGUGUGUGUGGCUGUAACAGCCUCUACGGCCUGCUGAAUAUUAAAUAUUAUCCGAUAACAAAGUCAAGCAGCUCAUUCAGACGCAUGAAGAGUCGAGUUUAACUACAGUAGUCCAAAUGAUCAGCCGUUUCUGGCUUUUGACAUCUUCUGCUUCACUUUUCACAUCUCCUCUGCAGUCCCACACUAUCAUUUAAAGCUUCAUGUAAUGAUGCUUUAUUUUUAAGUAAAAAAAAAAAAAAUGAAAAAAGAAGCAAUUUGUAAAACAUCAAAUGUUUACUUUGUUGCAUGUUUUUUGUUCUUUAAAGAAAAUACUACAGUGUUUUUUGAAUGUUUCUUCUUUUUUAUAAUGAUUUCAGAGUAUGAAGUCACUGAGCCCUAAGUUGGCUUAGUUUUAACUUUUAAGAUCUGCAUAUGUAAAAAUAUAUAAAAAAUGAAAAUACAAAAAUAGUGUCUUUUUGAUUCCAAAAUAAACUCUUGUGUUCUGUGAGAAAACUAACAAGGUGUAGGUUUUAUGGUCUCUUAAUUUGUACUGGUAAUGCAUAUUCCAAAUAAAUAGUUUCUUUUGUUUCAAAAAUGAA